CAGCCCACCUAAAUUUAUUUAGCGGCCUUUCCAGGUUACGUACAGGACCUACGGAGCACUGCAACGAAACGAAACGCCUUCCAGGUCCUUUAACUCGCCCCAACGCAACUUGUCGCGCUGCCGCCAACACACGCCACCCAGCAAAUCGACACAGCCCACGAUGAGCAAGUCGGAAUUCCACCGGGCCGAUGAGAAGCGGUUCCUGGACGAGCGGGGCGGGUCGGGCCCGCUCGCACCCAACGGACUCAACCCGGCGACCAUCAUGGAGAAAGCAGUGCGCGAGCGCAUCGUCGAGAGCUACUUCUACAAGGAGCAGUGCUACGGCGUCAACGAGGCCGACAUCGUCGACCGCGUGGUCGAGCACGUCGACUUCAUCGGCGGCACGUACGGCAUCGCCCAGAAGCCGUCGCCGUUCCUGUGCCUGGCCUUCAAGCUGCUCCAGCUCGCGCCCAACGACGCCGUCCUCGACGAGUACCUGCGCUUCGGCGGCGACAAGUUCAAGUACCUGCGCGCGCUGGCGGCCUUCUACAUUCGGCUGACGCGCGCCGACAAGGACGUCUACGCCACGCUCGAGCCGCUGCUCGAGGACCGCCGCAAGCUGCGCCGCAAGGGCCGCGCCGGCACCUCGCUGACUUUCGUCGACGAGUUCGUCGACAACCUGCUCACCGAAGACCGCGUGUGCGCCACCACCCUGUGGAAGAUGCGCAAGCGCGACAUCCUCGAGGACCUCGAGCUGCUCGAGCCCCGCGUUAGCCCGCUCGGAAACAUUGAGGACCUGCUCGAAGAGGAGGAGCAGCGGGAGAAGGACGAGGCCGAGCGCAAGGCCGCCGCCGAGAACGGUCACGAUGAUAGCGGUAGCCGCGGGAGCAGUAGCGAUGGCUCUGUGAGGUCGGCGUCGCGGUCGCGGUCGCGCUCGCGGUCAACACGGAGGACGAGGUCGAGGUCGGAUUCACGGUCGAGAUCGAGAUCGAGAUCUAGGCGCAGGACGAGGUCGCAGUCAGACUCGCGGUCAAGGUCGAGGCGGAGGUCGAGGUCAGCUUCACAGUCCAGGCCACCGUCGAGGUCUAGGUCGAGGUCUAGGUCAGGGGAAGAGGGCGAGGUCUCAGAUCACGACAGGAUGGACGUCGACCGACCAGAGAGGCGGGGGCCAGGGAGAGCCGACUAAGAAGCAAGAAGA